AUGGUGGAUGAAGAUCUCAAUAUUACCGAAAUAAUCGACUGGCAGAUGGCGCGUACUGUUCCCCGACGCGAGGCAAUCGCGCUUUCCCUUGUAUCAGCCGACGUGCGAGCACUCUGUGGUGGUGAGGUUUCUCUCAGUACCAACGAUCUCGCGUUGAGAAACGCCGUGUACGAGACGAGCGAAGGCAUGGCGCAUCAGAUGGGAGAUGAGAAGGUGAGACGAUUCUUCUGGGGCUUGGGGCUGGAGACGCAAUGGGCAUAUGCGCUGCCACUGGCAAAUGCCUUGCUUCAGAUCUUUGGCAUAGAGCAAGGUUGGGAUGAAUGGAAGGAGGUGGCAAUAAAACAGUAUGGCGACGAUGAACGCCUGGAGGCUCUUAUGAGAAAGAGCUCGGGCGUGACUCAAUCUGAUAGACAGUGA